AUGGACGCCUCGCACCAGUCCCAGAAGCCCACUCGCACGCAGACGUCGCGAUGGGGGCGUCGCAAGUCCGUCAGGGAUGUCCCCGGAGACGGCGCUCGAUCGUCCUCGUCUCUGCAUCAAAUCGACAAGGGGAAGGCGAGGGAGCACACCGAGCAACAAGACCCCCCACCCACCCAGCCACUGCCCACCUGGGCCCCCGUCCCCUCCAUCGUCCCCGACCCCCUCCUUGAUCUCCCCGCAUGGUACCACUCCGACGUGUUCGAAUGGUCUGCCGCCACCGCCGUCCAGUUCCGGAGGAAGUAUCCGUUGCACAACCCCGUCGGUCCGCGAUGGUAUAGGAACCACCACCUUAUCCCGCCCUCAGUCAUCCACGGCAAUCGCGCCCCUUCUGUAUUCUCCCCCCUCUUCCCUCCCAUAUCGGUCUCUGGCCACGAUAGGCCGGAACACACCAUGUCCCUGCCGGUUCCCGUCCGGACGCCCUCCAGCUCGCCGUCGCCCUCCCCCAAUACUUCCCAAGUCCAAGUCAACGACUCGGCGCCGACCAGGACGCGCAAGGUGUCGCACACGGGUCCAGGCGCAGAUUCUCUCGAUGCCUCCGAUCCUUCCGGGAUCAACUUCCACCAUUCCUCGCCCUAUGACAUUGGCUUGAAUCGAGAACGUCACGUCCAUACCCAAGACCCUCCAGAGGUACGUGGCUUUACACACGCUGUAUGUUCCAACCCUGAUCGAGACGGCUCGCAGUCUACGUACGAUCCUCGUUCUCGUCGUCCAAGCUCUGUCCAAGCGCAACGUCACAAAACCGUCACCCCUUCGCCACUAUCUCAGUCCACGUCUGCCGUGCAUCUACAAGCCGAUAGCGAAGGCGUCGGUCUACCCCGCAAACUGAGCAAGCGUAGGACCGGCAUUCGAGGCGUCUUCAACGGCCACGCCAUCAACGACGUCGCUCCCAAGUCUGUCUCGGCUCCUGCGACGCCCAUGGAUGGGCCGGUGUCGAACCUGUUGACUCCUCCCCCGGCGGACGGCGCAGGCGUGCGCAGGAAGCUCUCUAAGCGAGAGAGCGUAAGGCCCUCCAUCGCGGGCAGCUUGGUCACCGUGGAGAAGCGCGAGAAGCGGGGAAGCAUUCUCGGCCGCCUCGCGAAAAAGUUUACGAUCAUGCGCAAACCCAACAGGGAAUCACGCAUCGAGGCGACAGAGAAGAGAGAGGACGAAUGGCAGGACACCAGCGGCGCGCCGACGGGCACGACGACACCGGCGGGGCGGGAGUCGUCUCCGGAGAAGGGCGCUGAGCCGCGGAAAAGCGGGGAGAUGACGAGGCGUGUACCCCCGCCUGCGGUGAACACGACGAACGCCGCCCCGAGAGAUCUCGACGCCUUGUAUGCAGGUCUCCGGGAUCAGAAAGCCGCGCAGGAGGCGGCGGUGGAUCGUUCGUCCAUGUCGGUGCUGGACGCUCCGUACUCCAUUGGUCGGCUCACGAUCGCCAAUCCGGACGCUCCAAGCUCGACCGAGAACUCCCCUGCGCCGCGAAACGUGCCGUUACCUGCGCUGUCGCAGCAGGUCGAGCAGGUCGCGCCGUCGUCGGCGGUGGCGCCUACUCCGGAGCAACCUCGCUCGUCGCCGCCGGCUGCUCCUACGCCGGUCGGCACAGCGAACUCGGAUGCUGCACCUGCGCCCACUCCGGUACCGAACGUGACCUCGCCGCGGCCGCCGUCGCCUAUGCUCCCCGAAAUCCCCCAAGCAACCUCCCCAAUUUCGGAGGCUGCAUCGCCGCCCAUGAUUCCUAGCGAAGCCGGCGCGAUGUCCCCGGUCGAGCAUGGCGCAUUCACGAUGAUGAGCAUCCCGUCGGAGGUGUCGGUGACGUCUCCUCUCCCGCCGGCGGCUGUGUUGUCGGCAGCUCCUUGGGCGAACGAUUCGCCGAACGAUUCGCCGUUAUCGAGAGCGUCCAUGCUGGCCAAUCCCCCUACCCCGCACCCGCCUACAGUGCCUAUCCCUCCCGCAACCGCGCCCGUACCCACGUCUUCCGCGCCCGUCGUGCCGCCGAUCAUGACCGAUAACGUUCGGUCCGUGCGGACAUCGUCUCCCAAGAAACCAUCGCAGGAGGAGAGGCAGAGGAAACGGUCACCCAGCAACGGAGAAGACGCGCAAUCGCUGCAAUCUCCAAGGGAGGAAUCGCCGACGAAGAUGCCCAAGUCGUCCGGAUCCACGAGGAGCAUGCGGCAGACCGAGACGUUCCGCCUUGUGCGCAGCCCUUCGGGAGGUAACGUACCCACAGUGGACGCCAUCAUGGCUAACGGCGAACAGUGGGCUGUCGUUGAGGGGGGUCAUAAGCGGAGCAGGACCAAGGAUCGCCCGAAGUCGAAGGAGGAGAGCGGGGGGCACAAGGAGAGCAGACGGGAGAAGCGGCGAUCUGAACAGGAGGCCGAGGCGCGCGCGGCCAACGUUCAUGCAUCCGGAUCGCGGUCGUCGAUCCCUGCGGAGAUGAUGGUACGCGAAGAUGUCCGCGAGCGGGAACACCAUCAACGCUCGACGCACGACGUCUCGCGUCGUCGGUCGCGGGAUAUACCUCGUGGAGAUAGCCGUGGCGCAUCUCAAGACCUCAAUGCCCUAAAGGCGCGCGAGGCGUGGGAGAUGGAGCGUCUCUUCCGCGGGCGAAGCUUCUAUCAACCGGAGCAGCCCGAGUCGAUGCGCAUGCCGUCGCCUGAGCCUGCGCAGCCGAACGGUUACCACCACCAGCCGAUGGCGUACCCCGCCCAGGUCGGCUCCGGGUAUCCCGCCACGCUCGGCUCAAGCCACACGUCGUACGUGAUGCAGGCGCCGUUCCAAACCGCACCGCAGUCCGCCACCGCGUACUACGCCGUGCCCCCGCCAGUAAUCUACCACCAGCCGCCGUACAAUCCGCAGGACUACGCGAGCCAGCGCCGGUCCGUCUCUCCUCGCGACGAUGUCCUGUCGCACCACUCCUACCCGGACCCGAGUUCUCUCGACCUGAUACCCUCCGAGGCUGGAUCGCCUCCGCCUCGCACGAAUCCUCUGCCGGCACCGCCGCGGCAGUCGUCCUAUAAGCCUCCGCCCAUAUCGCCGACGCACCCGGAGGGGACCUCUCCCGAGCUCAACCCGCAAUACUGGAAGAGCUACGCGGGCCUCGCCGCCCACUGA